AUGCCGGAGGCAAUAUUUUGCUAUAGCGGUGAGAUUUGUUAAUCAAUUUAUUGAUGUAUGAAGCAUGAUUGUCGUAUUUUACAAGUAAUAUUUUAGGAGUAAAACAGGCCGAGAAUUGGACAGAACCCUUCAGACCCCGAGAAUGCGCAGAGGAAUUUACUUGGUGUAUCGUUUCGAAGAACCAUAAUUUGACUGGAAACGCGGACGUUACACUGUAGUAGGUUUGCAAAAGAUUAGAACAUAGAAAUUGAGCCCAACCCAAAUUCGCGGGGAUUUGUGAGAGAUAUGGGGUUUUAGGUCACCUAUUUUCCUUUAUGAACCCUAAAAAUUUUUAUAGAAAAUGCUGUCAGAGAUCUUGUUGAGUGGUAUAUGCAAAUUUGCAAGGUUCUCAAAGUACGAUGGGCAGAUUUUCUCAAAAUUUUGUGUCCAACCCACAUUUAAACUUAUAAAAAUUUUAGCUUGCCCUUUGAAGGGGAAGCAGAGAUAUUCAACGACCUCUUAACGAGAGACUACGGGAAAUUCGGAGAGAAAUCAGAGAUAAACCCGUUUUGGCCGAUAUAAUGCCAAUGUGAAAUGAAAAAAUGGAUUUUUAAUCGAACGUAAAAAUAUGUAGGACAGAAGCGUUCAUGCCAAGACUGGCCAUAAAAGUUUUUGGAUCUUAUAAUCAAAAUUACUCAAACUUUAACCGCCAAUAUUUCGGCAAAAAUGGAAAUGCCUUCUAAAAUCGCCCUCCCAAUUCAAGCUUACAGGGGAAGUACUCCAAGUGCGACGCUCAGAUUUUGAUGAAACUUGGCACAAAUUUAGAAAAAUUUUUUCUAAUAAGAUAUAUGCGAGGAUCCUAGCUCGCGCUUUGCAGAAACAACCGAGAUUUUUAGAUCGAAAGUCGGCCAAAAUUUAGGACUUUUUGCCGAAUUUGGGCACGAAAAGUUUCAUGCCUAUUUCUACCGUAAAGGAUAAUGUUUCUACAAAAAGUCAAAUUUUUCCGCACGAAACCGCCAAAGUUAUGGCCAAAAAGCGUUUUUCUCUCUGACCGCUCUCCACGUUUAGCGUGCCCUCUCGGCGACGAAAAUCGUUCAAUAUCUCGGCGGCGCCUGCAAAGCGCGACCUAAAACUUUCAGGAAUUGAUAUUUAGUCCAUACCCGGCGUGUGUGCAAAAUUUAAAGAAAAUCUGAGCGUCGCACUUGGAGUACUUCCCCUGUAAAAUCGCCCUCCAAAUUCAAGCUUAGUGUUAGCCAAAUGAGUUCAUAAAACUCCUGAAACUUGCCGAUUACGUUACUAGAACCUCUGUACAACGAAUUGCACGGGACAAAAAAAUCAAAACCCAUUGAAGGGUUUCGUUUUAGGAAGGUUUAUUUUGGCCUAAAAUCGACUCUAUGGACCAACUUUGAACCUGUUUGUUUAGAAGGAGGGCUUGUUAUUCUGGAAAAUUUUAUAAAUUCACAAUAUAUUUUCAGUGGCUGCGCAACGCACGACGACUGCCAACUGGCGAUAAAAGAGUUCCCUAGUAAGCAAAACGAGGGUCCCAAGGCUCCACGACGCCGAAAUAACAAAGGAAUGGGCUUUUUUACGUCGCAUGGAACAAAAGCGGCGGCCGAUACGUGUUGCCAAACCGAUUUAUGCAACUCUUCUUGGCGUUUGAGGUCAAAUGUGAGCCUAAUUUUCUUUUUUAUUGUGUUUUCAUUACUUUUGAAGGUAGUUAAGUGAAUAAAUUGGAUAUAAAUUUUUCUCUUUUUACUCCAACUUUGUUUUACAAUCAAAUUUAUGUCAAAUCAAUACAAAAUGGGAAUGUUUCAUAUAAAGUUGUUAUAGGAGUAAAAAAUCAGACCAAAAAAUUUAAAUGUACAUGUCUCUAAGACGUCUUGAACUUUCACAAUUUAAAGAUUUAUAAAGUACAGUAACCCGGAAAAGACCGACGAAAAAAAUAAAAAAUCAAAAAAAACUCUUGAAAUUACAAAGCAAUCAAUCUACAGUGGAAUUUUGGAAGGGAAAAUGCAUGGAUAACAAAAUUUUCAGACAAAAAUUUUAACAAGGAAAGUUCUUCUAUGGGGUAUGGAGUUAUAGGUCGAUACACAUAUCAAAAAAAUGGCAAAAGUUUUCUGAUUCAGAAUAUGUAAAAAUUAGCUGCCAAAUUUUGGUUUGCAAGGGCGAAAAAAAUCCUCAGAACUUCUUGUAACACCACGCAAAUGCUUUUUUGGUCAAGUUUUUACCAAUUCAAAAGUUUUGUUUUGAGCGAAAAAUUAAACCCUGGCAUCUUGACAAGCCUUAAAAUAUCAAAUUUGAUUCAUACUACAUCUUUUUCAAAUUAGAACUACUAUUAAGGUGUAGUAUUAAUCCAAUUUGAUAUUUUAAGGCUUGUCAAGAUGCCUGGGUUCACUUUAGCUCAAGACAAAACUUCUGA